AUCUUUAAACAUUCGAAAAUUGGUCAUACCUAUAUUAAAAACAUUUAUAGUUAAGACGGUGACUUGAACCUAUUUAUUUAGCUAACUGAACACUACCUCCUAAUCUCAUGGACGAUCUGAAUCCUCUGGCGGGCACGGCUCACCUCCUGGAAGAAGUUGACAAAAAACUGAUGGUGCUACUGAGGGACGGACGGACUCUGAUUGGCUACCUGCGAUCCGUGGACCAGUUCGCCAACCUGGUGCUGCAGCGCACCAUCGAGCGGAUACAUGUGGGCAACGAGUACGGCGACAUUCCACGUGGAGUCUUCAUCAUUCGAGGCGAGAAUGUGGUGCUCCUUGGCGAAAUUGAUCGCGAGAAGGAGCAGAAGCUGCCGCUCAAGGAGAUAUCCGUGGACGAAAUCCUGGACGCCCAGCGCAGGGAACAGGAGCAGCGGCAGGAGAAGCACCGCCUGGUGUCCAAGGCGUUAAAGGAACGAGGCCUGGCUGUAGAUGCCAACAUAAUUAACGAGGACUUCUGCUAAGACUCUAUCUCUCUUUAAGUGCAUCGAUAGAUUAAGCUCAAAAGAUUUUCGUCACUUUGUAUAUUUGUACUGCAUUAAAAAACUACGUUAAAACCUA